AUGCAACAUUUCCUCGCGCAUCAGCAACAGUAUGGCGAGUGGGGUCAGGGCCACCACCAGCAGCCGCAACAUCACGUAGCCCAACAUGGACAGCAUCAAGCGCAGGCCGCCCAGUUGCAUGCCCAGCAGCAGGCUCAGGCGGUUCAAGCAGCUGCGCAGCGCCAGUACCACCAGCAGCUUGCGGCCAACAAUGGCUCCACGCUGCCCGGAAACAACGCCGUUCCCCGAGGACCUGCCAACGACGUCCAGGCAGCCGAUGUCGGCAUGACUGAUGAGAAUAGGCGCGUGUUGGAAUGGGUAACCCAGCUUAUGAAGCCUGCUACUAGGGAGGCCGCGCUUCUGGAGUUGAGCAAGAAGCGGGAGCAGGUCCCCGAGCUGGCUCUGAUUCUCUGGCAUUCUUUCGGUGUUAUGGCUUCUCUCCUCCAAGAGAUCAUCUCCGUUUACCCGCUGCUUAACCCUUCGCAAUUGACCGCCGCAGCAUCUAACCGUGUCUGCAAUGCUCUCGCGCUUCUUCAAUGCGUGGCUUCUCAUACUGAAACCCGUGGCCUGUUUUUGAGUGCGCACAUUCCGCUCUUCCUGUAUCCGUUUCUCAACACGACGUCCAAAUCACGACCCUUCGAAUACCUACGUCUUACGUCUCUCGGUGUAAUUGGCGCUCUGGUCAAGAACGACUCUUCUGAAGUCAUCAAUUUCCUUCUCACUACUGAGAUUAUCCCACUUUGUCUCCGUAUCAUGGAGACGGGCUCGGAACUCAGCAAGACUGUGGCGAUUUUCAUUGUCCAGAAGAUCUUGCUGGACGACAUUGGACUUGCAUAUAUCUGCCAAACCUACGAGCGUUUCUAUGCCGUAGGCACCGUCUUGAGCAAUAUGGUCAAUCAGCUCGUUGAGCAACAGACGGUUCGCUUACUGAAGCACGUUGUGCGUUGCUUUCUCCGCUUGAGCGAUAAUGCUCGCGCUCGCGAGGCGCUGCGCCAGUCCUUACCCGAGCCGCUCCGAGAUGCUACUUUCUCCUCUGUUCUGCGGGACGACGCUGCCACCAAGCGCUGCCUUGCUCAACUCUUGAUCAAUCUCUCCGACAAUGUUGUCGACGCGGCAAAUAACCAACAGCUCAUGCACUGA